GCGUUUUAGCCAUAGAGCCCAGUUAUCAAACAUGGCCGCGGUGCAGUGUGGGAUAUUUGUACGUCACAUAUCGUGGCACCGUUUAUUUUUCAGUACGAGAAGCGUCACAGUUGCUGAGGAAGGUCAGACAGGAUAUUGACAGGGUGAUCAGAGACACCCCCCACAUGCCAAAACGUGGGUCACUAGCGACAGAUCACACAUAUUCAAUGUUGGUAUAAUCGUGUAUCAGCAAACUGUGUGAUUAGCAUGUUAAUCCAUGCUGUGUGGACGGAUGAGGACUAGAUCCACGAGAAGCGCACAUUUUCAACAUAGCUAUCGAUCGCCUGGCUAGCCAACAUGACUUCUUCUCCAACUGACGGAAGUGUGAGUGUCAAAACCGAAAGCCCAUCUAGCUUCAAGUCAUAUUCCAUUACGGGGAAUAUUCAGCAGUUGUUAAGACAUGUAAAGGUGGAGAACCUAGUGGCAGGGCUGAGUGGGGGCGUAGUGUCUACGAUGGUCCUCCAUCCUUUGGAUUUAGUCAAAAUCAGGUUUGCAGUAAGCGACGGACUGGACUUGAGACCUAAAUACAAUGGCAUCAUCCACUGUAUGAGGAGUGUCUGGCAACAAGAAGGUCUGAGAGGGCUCUACCAAGGAGCUACACCUAACAUUUGGGGCGCUGGAGCCUCAUGGGGUCUCUACUUCUUCUUUUACAACGCCAUCAAAGCAUACACAAAGGAAGGUCGCCAAACGGAGCUGAGUGCCACAGAGCACCUGGUGUCCGCGGCUGAAGCAGGUAUACUGACUCUAACAAUAACCAACCCAAUCUGGGUGACCAAGACCAGGCUAAUUCUGCAAUACAACAGUGACCCUAGCAGCAAACAGUACAAGGGCAUGGUUGAUGCAUUGAUCAAGAUUUACCAGCAGGAGGGAGUGCGUGGACUAUACAGAGGGUACAUCCCUGGAUUGUUUGGGACGUCUCAUGGAGCACUCCAGUUCAUGGCCUAUGAAGAGCUGAAGAGAGACUACACCAAAUACAAGAACAUGGCUCCAGAGCAGAAGCUGAACCCACUGGAAUACAUCACAAUGGCAGCCCUAUCCAAAAUAUUUGCUGUGGCGACGACGUACCCUUACCAGGUGGUCCGGGCUCGACUGCAGGACCAGCACAACAAAUACAAUGGCGUCACAGAUGUCAUCAGACGGACGUGGAGGAACGAAGGUGCCCGGGGCUUCUACAAAGGCAUAGGGCCCAACGUGAUCCGCGUCACUCCCGCUUGCUGCAUCACCUUUGUGGUGUACGAGAACGUUUCUCGCUUACUGCUGGGUCAGUACAAGUGAGUAACGGGUGCAAAGGACACAACAAAACCGAGACAUGGGUCUGGAGCUGGCCAAGCACCGCUGUGGGAGAGGCACUUGGACCGAGGCGCCAAAGUGGGCAGACAUAGCUGGAGAGACCUGCUUACACUUAUGAACUCCUUAUAUUGCCAGGAGCAACAAGAGACUCCCUGCUGUGGGGUUACACCCGGACGAGACUGGAUGAGAUGGGAGCGUAGAUGUAUUUUGAGAUACUCUUUGAAAUGCGAAUGUUUCUAUCCUAAACAGGGUUAUUGAGUUACAGCAACUAGCAUCUGAAAUUAUAGAUGCUAGUUGUUGUAACAUCGGCCUCUUGAAAUUAGAGAGGGCGAGAGCCUUGAACAUCAGUGCAAAAUACAUGCCUUUCAUUCUGAGUUGCAACGAUUUCUUCCUGGAAUUGAAGAUUAACCGUAACAAAUUUCCAAUCAUCCUUUAACAACAUCAAAACGCAACCUUUGGUCUCAGGUUUUUAGUUGCUUUCAAACAGCUUAUUAAUUUAUAUAUAAAACAUUUGGGUUGCUUUUUAAUUAAUUACAGGAUUUUCUUUACAAAAAUGUGUAUUUAUUUCCUCCUUGGUUCACGUAUUAAGAAUUUGUGUGUGAAUAUAAUUUUAAUAUGUCUUUUUAAUUUCAUUUUUUAUAACCGAUACCUGCUCAUUUGGAAAUACAGCAAAUACAUAUCGCUUAUCAUUUUUUCAUAAUCAUGCAAAUACAAUACAAAAGUGAAAUGGUAACUUUCAAUGAGACUGAACAACAUGAGGAAACGCGUGAUUUAACUUAAGUUAUAAAAAAAAAAGACUUCUUUACUAGCAGUAAUCAAUCAUUUUUCUUCACUGCAUAUGCUACAAAACAUUAGCAAUGUACAGUAAAAAAUUACAGUACUGUUCUCUAUCAACUAGCAUUACAGAGCUACAUUCAAGUUAAAAAUCCCUUCUCAUGUUCCAGCCACGCCUGAUGGUUUUAUAGAGGGAGAUAACACUGCACUCCCAGGGGCCUGCCAGCCCUUUUAGCUAAUUAUAUAUACGUUCAAAAUGAUUUUGGAAGCUCUUCAAUGACGAUCCUGGAGACAGAAUUCCAGCCCGUGGACGCGUCACCCCGGGGGUAGUCAGAACAUGUCCCCACCCAAACAGCCACGUCCACCAGGCCCGACUUCAUGCCUUCGCACAACCCUUCCACUGGGGAACACACACACACACGAAGAGAGCAGUACAGUCAUUUCACCUUCAGCCAAGGCCUGAAGCCCACUCCAGAGCAGUUAAGUGGCUUUAAUCUCCCACACAGUGGUUUAAAGCUAAUUGAAAGCAUAUUGCUGACAGGAAAAGCUUUUUUUAUUAUAUGCUCUUGGUGAGAGCUCUACUCUUUAUUGAUUGUCAACUUCUGCUUAAGAAACUGUACCCUAAAAUAGCAUAUUGUGGGACAUAGUAAUUUACAAGGAUAUAUUUAACUUUUUUUUAUAUAAUAUCAGACUUGGAAUACGACUUAUAAAUAUAGAUAAAAGGCCUAAAGAUAAAGGUCUUAUGUCUAUAUUUAUAACUCCAUAUGAAUAUUUUAGAUUUAGAAAUGUUCAUAUAUCAAAAAUAACUGAUCUCAUACUCAUGGCGACCUCAUACAUCUCAAAAAAUGUCCACAAACUAUAAAUCAAAUCACAAUUGAAAAGGAUUAUCGCAUUUUGUCCCUCAGUUCAGUCCUCACCUGAAGAUGUCCUGUGGAUGUUAAUGGUGGAGUUGAGCUCUGGGCUGCCCUGAUCCAGGUAGAUGAUGGAUUCGACGGGCAGAGGGCCUGUACACUCUGCACCAUUAAAGGUGAAGUACCAUCUCUGGCAGCAAGCGGUCUUACACUUGAGUCUGAGGGAACCGCUGAAGAGAACUCUCAGGGCGCUGUCUGAGCGCAGCUUGGUAAAUGUGCAGUCCUGAAACCAGCACAAGAUAUAAAAAGGUUCAAGUAUUAGGAAGGACACUAGCCUGGCACUGUCCAAUAGUAAAGGAGAACUAUUGAAUCUGCAUCGACAAGGGUAGUUCAUUGUCUUGGACUAUUAUCUUGAGUUUGAAAUACUCACAGCAGACAGCAACUAAAGCAUCUCACAGCGCUACAGCAUGCAAAAACAUCUGCACUCAAUAGAUAUUUAAGUUUAGACUUAUACUCUACUUAUAUACACUAUUAUACUGUAUUAUAUAUUUACUACAUUUAACGGAGCAGUAGGCAAGAUUUAGAGGAAAUUCCAAAAACUGACAAGAAUUUCAAAAGCCAGAAGGAAACAAAAACAUCACACUGCCCUGAGCCUGCCCUGAACUAGCACUGCUUGGUUGUUUUUUUUAGGCGGAUUAAACAUUCUUUGCGAGUCUACUACACAGUCAUAAGGCACACUAUAAUUUAUUUAGUCUUAUGUUAUCUGUCUUAAUUAUUUUUACAUAUAUAUGGCCUACUGCUCUUUUUAUUUAUUUCACGAUUAAUGUAGUCAAGUACAGUAGGGUGAUUAAAUAAAAUAAACCAGCAACGUGUAUUUUACACCUCUCUGAGCUCCCCACUGUCUCCCUAAUGUAAAAACAUCAGCAUUAACUUACUGCUAUUUUCCCCAGGUCGAUGCCGUAGUUGAGAGAGUUCCAGGCACACUGCUUGUAGUUGGGUCUCCAGGGCUCCUCAAACACCUCACUCACACACUCGCCCUUCUCGCCUCUCAUGCCAUCACGGCCGGGGAUGCCCGGCGUCCCAGGGAUGCCGUUGGUUCCGGGGUUUCCCUCUCUGCCAGGGUUACCCGCUGGCCCUUGCAGACAGCUUCCGUACUUAAGGGUUUAAGAUCAGUCGAGAGAAAACAGGGAGGUGGAGUUGAAGAGAGAAGGUGUGGUAGGUGGUGGUGAUGAUGAGCACAAAUGAGGGUAAGGGGAAAAAGGAAGAGGAAAGACAUACUGUCCGAAGAAGAAAUCAUAUAGGUGACUUUGUGUUUCCUAAGGGUUAGUCAGGAGAUUAUCUUAUCAAACCGAGCCCCAUUGUUAAACCAUGAGUUGAGUGGAUGAGUUCACUCGAGGGUCUGACACUGAAGGUCUUGUGGUGACAGUAAACCUCGGGAGGUUCCUGCUCAGCGUCUGACUAAGAGAUAUCCUGGAGUGAAUCACGGCUAUUUUUUAAAACAGAUGCUGCCUUUUUGUGAUGCUGACUCAAUCCCAGACAGACAGGCUGGCUACUCAGCCAACACCACACAGGGUGAGGGGGAGCCCUAAUGCAGUUACAAGGUGACAUUUGGUUCUAAUCAUGUGGUGGACCAAGGGAAAACAGACGCCUGCAGAUAGAUUACCACAUCGGAGGAUGGAUAAUGGGUCAAAGGGAAAUGUUUACAUCACGAGAGGUUUGUAUUUAAUGGUCGGAUGAAUUGUAAGCUAAAGCAGUUUGUGCAUGCUGUGUAAACAGUAUUUGUGAUGACAACUGCAUCCAGUGGUGACAAGAGUGAGAACAGUGCUGCAUUGAGCAAACCCUGGUGCCCACUGAGGUAGUGGUCUUGAACAAAGACUAUCACUGCCUUGUUUUUUUAAGCCUAGUUUGAGUGGGAGUUGAGGCAUAACAUGGCCAAAAGCCAAAGCAAAGACGGCCUCAAGAGAAAACAAAAUCUCAAGUUUCAGGAUGGAGCCCUAACUUAAUUGGGUGGCCGGGGGAGGGGAAGACUCAUUUUGGUUUUUAGUCUGGGAUUGGCAAAUCCUUGGAUGGUAUAUCUGAAAGUGAGGAAGAGGAUCAGAUCUGAUCUCGUGGGUAUCUAUAUACAGCUGUCUGCUGGAAAAGCCCCUGGUCUGUUUUAGUCAUCAAGUGGUGGUCAUGCUUGAGCCACACAACCAUCUGCUGUGCUCUGCUGGAACCAUGGUGCAUGACAUCAUGCUUCGCAGUGCAGUGACUGCCGCAAUAAAUGCAUCAAGUGCUGAAUUCUAAUGGAAUAUGUGGUGGCAUUGCAUGUGAGCUAACGGAAUUUGUCUGUGUAAUAAAACAUUAUUAUUUGAUCAUGAAUGGACCAAACGAUGGAAAUGCUUCAGAGGUACUGUAGACCCCUCCAAUAUAGAAGAAAAUUUCGCCAGGGUUUGGUAUUCAAAAAUGGGAAAUAAAUGAUGACAUGUUAGUAAGGCUGGGGUUUGUAUUUGGAGCCCAUUCAAAGUAUACACUACGGUGAAUGGAGCCUCUGUCCAGUCCACUGAACUUUACAGCUGGCUUUUAUAUUAACCUCCUGCCUUGUGAAUGUAGCAGUGCGGCCUGAAAAGUGUAAGAAGUUUAGUUCUAGCUCAAGCAAGAGCAUGCAAAGAAGCAUUCAGGAAUCACAUUUUAAUUUAUGCAUAGGGCAAGAAGUUAUGCAAAACAUGCAAAGCACGGCUUUGGUGAUCUGACAAGCAAUUGUUUUUUUAUGUUAAAACUGUAUUUUUCUCCCCGUUUGUUUUAAACAAUUUGAUUAUGGAAUAUCUUGGAUGAUUACCAUGGUGUUUGAAUUGGUAGAUCGUGCUUCCUCUGAGAUUCUAGUGCAGUUGGGAUUGUCUGCAUCGUUUCCAGUGCACUAGAUACAGAGGGUGACAUGAGUUACCAGAUUCAUUAUACAAUGCUGCUCUGGUCUGUCAAAUGUAAAUGUGAAGGUCAAUAUUUCAGGGGGGUUAGUGUGAUUUAGAUUGAGCAUUGCAUAGGCGUACUGCAUACAACUACAAAGCGUUACGCAUAAACAAUAUUGAGAAUAUUGUUUCAAAGCUUUUUGCCAUGUGUUGUCAAUACUGCUGAAAUGAGACAGAAACAGAAAAGUCAGACUCAAUCUCAAUAUCAGAACUUCCUUUCUGGGCCGGCAUUCUUUAUUUUCGUUGUGUCUGCUGGAAAGAUGCCAACUUUGGCUUAGACAUAUAACAAAAAGUCCUAUGUCUAAAAUAUAUUGUCAUUAAAAGACUGACAUUCAAUACAUAUGUUUUUCUUAUAGGU